AAGAGAAGUGGAGACCUGACACCGGCCGCUGCCUUCGCCUUUUUUGGCCUUCGGUUUUCCCCCCGGGCUGGUUGGACAGCUCCCCCGCCUCCUUCCCGCCCCUCCCUCACGGGGUCUCUUUUCUUUCCGAGUUUGGGGGGGCGAGGAUCCGAGCCUUUCGGAAGAAUUUGAAGUGCCCGGGGGCUACGGUGUUUGCUAAUUCUCCUAUUUGUGCCGGUAGAGGGUUGUAAUUGGCGCGGAGAUGCUGUCAUUUCAAUUUUCAGAAGAAUGUGCAGUCUUUUUAACUGAUGAAGAACAAGGCUUUGUCUUCCUGUAAUUCUGAAGUGAAAGUUGUCACCAUACAAGAAAAAUAAAGCCACUUAAAAUAUAGGCAUUAGUAAUAGAAUGCUGAAACAAACUUCUGGAUUAGCUUCAUUGGCUUUCCUGCUUCUUUUGCAUCCCAAAGCAUAAGUUUAAAUCAUCUCAGAAGGACAAGAUCCGCCAGUUUAUGACAUUUACCCAGGCUGGUGAAAAGACUGCUAUAUACUGUUUAAUGCAGAAUGAGUGGAAACUAGAAGUGGCAACUGACAACUACUUCCAGAACCCAGACUUAUACUACAAAGAAUCCAUGAAAAAUUCAGUAGACAAAAAGAAGUUAGAACAAUUGUAUAACAGGUAUAAAGACCCACAAGAUGAGAAUAAAAUUGGUAUUGAUGGAAUUCAACAGUUUUGUGAUGAUUUAAGCCUAGAUCCUGCCCAUAUCAGUGUUCUUGUCAUAGCAUGGAAGUUCAGGGCAGCCACUCAAUGUGAAUUCAGUAAAAAGGAAUUUAUAGAUGGCAUGACAGAACUGGGGUGUGAUACUACAGAAAAAUUAAAAGCUCUUUUACCAAGAAUAGAACAAGAGCUAAAGGAUGCAAUAAAAUUCAAAGAUUUUUAUCAGUUUACCUUUAACUUUGCUAAGAACCCUGGACAAAAAGGUUUAGAUUUAGAAAUGGCUGUUGCUUACUGGAAUUUAGUCUUAUCUGGAAGGUUUAAAUUUUUAGAUCUUUGGAAUAAGUUUUUAUUGGAACAUCACAAAAGAUCAAUCCCAAAGGACACUUGGAACCUUCUACUAGAUUUUGGAAAUAUGAUUGCAGAUGAUAUGUCUAACUACGAUGAAGAAGGAGCAUGGCCUGUUCUUAUAGACGAUUUUGUAGAAUAUGCACGACCAGUUGUCACAAAAGGAAAGAGAAAUACCUUCUAACCUUAAGUAUAAAACUGGACUGAAAUUAAAAUCCAAAUUACAUCAGGUAACGAAGACAUUUUGGCCAAUAACUAUGUCCAUGGUUACUGACUUCAGUAGUCAUGUUAUGCCACUGACCCAACUGCAAUCACCACUUCUACUCUUCUUCAAGAAAAUGAUGCUGGCUCACAAACGCUGUAAGAAGUUGCUCAGAAGAUAGCCCAGGAUGCUUUGGGAUAUAUUGGGGAUUGAUUAUUGUAUUGGUUCUGUCAUUUGGUGAGAGAAUUGCAUGAUUUACACUUAGGAGAAUUUAACUAGAGCCCAUUUUAAUUAAAACUGCACAGCAUGUCAUUCAGUUCAUGAUCUAAGGUGAACAAAUACCAGCAGUUACUACUGUAAUUAGAGAUUUUAGAGUACUUAAAUAUUUAAAAGCAGUAUUUGUGGUAUGAAUUCAGUCCCUAUAUAAAAUUUAAGUAGUAGGUUAUAUUUUUAUACAAGUCAACAUUGUUAAGAGUAUUUACCCUAAUGAUCAUGAUCUUGUAAUGAACUCUUACUGACACUUUUAUACUCGGUGCCAGUAUACUAGAUUAUAUUUUUUAUAUCAAUUUGCCAGAUCUAUUUUUUUGUUUUAAUUUUCUUAACAUUCACCUGAAAAUCAUUUAAUGGUUUUAAUACUCCCAUUUCAAUUUGCACAGUGAUGGCCAUAUUCCAGGAUGUGAUUUAAGGAAAUUUUUUUUUUAGAUUGUUUACAAAUCGGUGGGCAUCCUUUAUUUUUUGAAAAGGUUUUUUUUUUAUUUCUUGAACAUCCCAAAAAGUACUUAUAGUCUGUUUUGUUCACAAAUUAUUUUUUUUACAUUACAUUUAAUAUGGUAUUUCCCCAUUUUAAAAAUACUUCUUUAUUACUUGUGAAUUUUGGAUUCCAAGAUCAAGUAAGCUGAUUUCCUGCAACCAUCCAUGAUAUAUAUGAUGUAUCUCAACUAGUCUUUUUAUAAAUUGUAUAUAUUUGAAAACUCAAAUAUUAUGAUAAUCUGGAACAUAAUAGUCUUGGGGGAGAGGGAAUCCCUCUGAUUUGAGUAGACAAAUUUACCUUUGCACUGUUAUUAUUUCUGUUUUUCACUUUGUCCCAGUCACCACUGUAGUGUGGCACCAAGAUGAAUUAGGUAAUCCCCCAAAGAAUAAAUAAUGUCUGAGAGUUUCUCCUUUCCUGUUGGUAAAAAACUGGUGUAUAAUUUUGUGUUAUCCCUGUGUGACAGUCCCACCUUAACUUUGAUCAGAGGAUGUACAUCUUGACAGCACAGUUCUCACCUUGCCUGGCUAGCUACAAUUUGAACUUAAAUAGAUGCUAGGGAUUGAAUUUUUUAAAAGAUGAUCCCUUUUUAAAAGGACUUAACAUGGGUUUCCUUUAGUUAACUAGCCUCUCCACUACACAUAAAAUACAAAUUGACUCAUAAAUAUUAGAUUGUUCCUGAAAAACUUUUAUCAGUCUGAUAUGGAAAGCAAGGUACAACUUUAUGUUGCUGAAGUGUGAACUGGGACUGCUUUGGGUUAGAAUUCUUCUAAAAAAGACAAGGGUUCCAUCCAAUAAGAUCACUGACUGGAGCAGGACUCCCAGCCCCAUAGUUGUAGUCCUGGCUUUGCCAUUUAAGAGCUUUGUGACCCUAGGCACAUCACUUAACUCUGAGCUUCAGUCCUCUCAUUCCUGAGAUGAGGGGUCCAAGGAGAUGACUAGAAGAUGACUUCCAGUCCUAGCAUUCUAGUCUCUUUUGGUUUGUCCUGAUAUACAAUUCACACAAUUCUAUACAACCACCCUUAAAAGAAAUACCCUUCAAUCAUAGCAUUUUCCCCUAAAAUAAUUAACAGAAUAUCAAUGACAUUGGACAAGAUUGAAAGAAUUCUACCCAUUUUUCGCAUUCAUCUACUAUAUGAGUUUAAAUCAUGCAUGCAAGUGGUGACUUGGGGGAGGGGAAAGAGGGAAAAAGUUUGUAUUUAUUUAUCUCAUUUGUACAGAUUUCCUAUGCUAAGUCCUUAAGAAACAUCUAAAUAAAUCAUUGUGUGUAUUUGUUUUUGCGAGUUGUUCUGUUUUCAAAAUACCAUAUAGAGGAGAUUCAUCCUUCUGGUGUGGGUUGGACUAGAAAACCUCUCAGAUAUCUUCUGGCUCUGGCAUUCUUUGUGCUUUGGGUUUUUGUUUAUAUAUUAAUUGCUUAGAUAUUUACCACUAGAUGUCAGUAUCUCUGUCUUUAGUAACAGGAAUGAGGAGGAACUUAGAAUACAAUCCAUUUGUAAGAACCAACAAAUUUCCUUAUAUACAUUUUAGUGUAUCUAACUUAAUGGACCUCUUUAAAUCAUGUAAAAAUACAGUUUGAGGGUUUGUUUUCAAUACUAAAAAUACUUUCACAGAUACAGCAAAACUAUUUUAAGUAAAUUUGUAUUAAAAAUGGUUGUUGAUGUUUGAGAUUUAUAGCCAUCCUUAAAUUAGAUGCGUUAAGUAUUUUGAUGCAUUCCAAAUUGUCACUCAUUUGAGCUGGAAGUCUUCAUUAUCACUGGGUUACUUGUUUCACAAUUUUUUUUUUCCUUCCUACUCCAUGGACUAUUUAAAGUAUCAGGAAAAUUAUUUGAAAAACAUCUCAUAGGUCAGACUAUUCAAUAGUUUGGUUUUGCCAAACUUUCUUUUUUUUUUUUUUUAAUAAGGGAUGACUCUCAGAGGGCGGGGGAGGAAUAACAAGGGAAAAUGUUGGCUAUGUAAAAAAUAGAAGAUAUCAGUAAAAUGUAUUUUUAAAAGAGAAAUAUUAUUUAAUAGUAAUAAAAAUGUUUGACUGUAA